CUUGAAUAUCGACAGUAACAAAGUGAACCAUUCUUUCCAGCAUUCCGAUGAAGAUCAAGAAGCGCCACAUCGAGAUCGCCGUCGGCUUGGUGCUCCUUGCCGGGGCCAUCGUUGGCGUCUUGUUCGGUGCUGGCGUGUUCCAAGACUCGGCCGAGGUAGCGGCUCAAAAGGCGUUUGCCGCCGCCGCCAAGGCUGUCGCCCCCCGCGAUGCCGCGCGGUGUCCUGUCAUUCCUCCAGGCAAACGUCUCAUUGAACAAUUUGCUUCCCAACGCCGCGGCUGCGCUUCGGUAACACCCGCAAACUGUAUUCCACCAUCGAAGUGUAUUCCUCAUGACAAAUCAACCACCUGGCAGGUCACCGAAGGCGUCACGCACGUGGUGCUCACGUACGCCGACCUCGCGACCUUGUCGUUCCAGCUCAAGGAUGUGGACGUACUCACUUGCGUCAGCGAUCUGCACAAGCGCUGCAUUUACGUGCUGGGUGGUAUUGGCGGAGACAAGGCCUUCGACACGUCGUCGGUGGCCGCAGAUGCUGUGAGCCUGGUCAACAAGUUCAAACUCGACGGCAUUUCAGUCCACGACCUGUCAUCCCAAACGUCGACACUACCGUACAUGACAGCACUGUCCACGGCGCUCAAGGCAUCCGUCGCUAGCACUACGCUGAGCUACGACGUGUUUUACAGCGAACUAGACAAGACGCUGCUCAACUGUGGCACGCGAUGCUUUGCCGACGGCGUACAGGACGUGGUCGACUGGAUUACCGUCCUGGCGUACAGCGUGAGCAGCGACCCCGUCUUGGCUUCGGACGUGUACGCAGAUGCGAUUUCGGGGUUUUUCGACCCGUGGAAGGCCAAAUUGCAGGGCAAACUCAACAUUGGCGUGUGCAUCGACUGCGGGUACGGCCCCGGUCCCACCAUCGACGACAUUUCGAUCUGGGCCAACUACUCGCAGUCCGUCGGCGGCAUGAGUGUCUACGGAACCGACAGGAUGUAUGCGAUACAGGCCAUCCUCCGACCCAUGCCGCUGCCACUGCGAUCGUCCAACAUCUCGUCGUCGUGCGGUUCCAACGACGGAGCCCCCCGCGUGGUGCUAUUCUGGGGCAGCGAAGUGGGCGGAUGCGAGUCCAUUCCACGCGGUGUCACACACGUCAUCAUGUCGUUUUCCCUCGUCCAAGACGGCAAUGUGACGCUGUCGCUGCAGGGCAACGACGCCACCCUCCGUCGCUGUGUGCUUUCAUUGCAACAGCGAUGCAUCAAAGUGCUGGUGAGCAUUGGCGGAGAAACCAACUCGAAAGCCAUAGCGGAUCUAGUGGACUUCGACCGCUUCGCCACCAGUGCCGUGGCGCUGGUGGACAAGUUCAACUUUGACGGCGUCGAUAUGGACGACGAGACCCGCGGUAAGUACGACCCCGCGCAUGUCAUUGCGUACAUGACGUCGCUGUCCAAUGCGUUGCGUCCCCGGGAUAAAUUGCUUACAAUCGACGCAUUUUACUACGAUGCCGUGCCGGACAAGUGCGCGGCGGUCACGGGGCGGUGCUUCCCCAAACAAGUGGAACCGCUCGUGGACUGGGUGCAUGUGAUGGCGUACAACGUCGACCUGGACGUGGCCAAAGCCCAGGCGGUAUAUGCAUCGGCGAUCAAUGACACUUUUUCUGCGUGGACGGCGGUGCUGCCUCCGCCCAAGAUGGUGGUCGCUGUGUGUACCGAAGCGAGUAAUUCCCUCUACCGAGGGUGUGCCUUCGGCCCAGGCCCGAGCCUCGCGGUCGUGACGCUGUGGACCCAGUGGAGCCGGGCGAGUGGGGGCGGCAUGGCGCUGUGGGCGGGCUCGAAGGAUCAGUUCCUCAAUUAUACCUACACGACCCUCCUCACUGGUUGAACCAGCCGGCACGGUUGGCGCCUACUAGGAUGGAGUAGUUUUGCACACUAGUUAGUUAAUCAUACGUAGUAGGGUUGGCUGGUUUGAUAUUGGAUCGAUAAGUUAUACACGUCUGCGGUGGUGUCGCUUGUUCGAACUGUCAGUAGCAGUGUGACUGUGUCAGUGGGUGGUUUUACUACUUGCUUCAUGAAGAGUGUGCAUA